AUGCGUGCGCGCGCUCUGCCCGCCCGCGUGGCGCGUCUGCUGCUGCUGGCGCUGCUGCUCGCCGGUUGCGCCGGCAACCCGGACGCCAAGCGGCUUUACGACGACCUGCUCAGCAACUACAACAAGCUAGUGCGGCCCGUGCUCAACGUGAGCGACGCACUCACCGUGCGCAUCAAGCUCAAGCUCAGCCAGCUCAUCGAUGUUAAUUUGAAGAAUCAGAUUAUGACGACCAAUUUAUGGGUCGAGCAAAGCUGGUACGAUUAUAAAUUAUCGUGGGAGCCUCGUGAAUACGGUGGAGUGGAAAUGCUCCACGUACCUUCAGAUCACAUUUGGCGUCCUGACAUAGUAUUGUAUAACAAUGCGGAUGGAAACUUUGAGGUGACAUUGGCUACUAAGGCGACGCUGAACUACACGGGCCGCGUGGAGUGGCGCCCGCCUGCCAUCUACAAGUCGUCUUGUGAGAUUGACGUCGAGUACUUCCCUUUCGACCAGCAAACCUGCAUUAUGAAGUUCGGCUCUUGGACUUAUGAUGGCUUUCAAGUAGACUUACGACAUAUCGAUGAAGUAAAGGGCACAAAUGUUGUGGAAUUAGGAGUCGAUCUAAGCGAAUUUUACACUUCCGUCGAAUGGGAUAUAUUAGAGGUUCCAGCAGUGAGGAACGAAAAGUUUUACACGUGCUGUGAUGAGCCGUACUUGGACAUCACGUUCAACAUUACGAUGCGGCGCAAGACGUUGUUCUACACCGUGAACCUGAUCAUCCCGUGCAUGGGCAUCUCGUUCCUGACGGUGCUGGUGUUCUACCUGCCAUCGGACAGCGGCGAGAAGGUGUCGCUGUCCAUCUCUAUCCUGCUGUCGCUGACUGUGUUCUUCUUGCUGCUGGCGGAGAUCAUCCCGCCGACCUCGCUGGUCGUGCCGCUACUCGGCAAGUUCGUGCUCUUCACCAUGAUCCUGGAUACGUUUAGUAUAUGCGUGACGGUGGUGGUGCUGAACGUGCACUUCCGCUCGCCGCAGACGCACACGAUGGCGCCGUGGGUGCGGCGCGUGUUCAUCCACGUGCUGCCGCGCCUGCUGGUCAUGCGCCGCCCGCACUACCGCCUCGACCCGCACCGCAGCCGCUUCGCAGGGAUAAUCAGCAGCGAGGGCUGGUCGCCGGCGCUGGCGGGCGUGUCGGGCGUGCCGUGCGUUGCGGGCGGCGGGCCGUGCGCGGCGGGCGGCGGGCCGUGCGCGGCGGGCGGCGGGCCGUGCGCGGCGGGCGGCGGGCCGUGCGCGGCGGGCAGCGCGCGGGACCUGGCCGGCUCGCCCGCGCCCUCCUGCCGCCUGCACGACGCGCCCAGCCUGGCCGACACGCUGCGCCGCUGGCACCGCUGCCCCGAGAUACACAAGGCCAUCGACGGCAUCAACUACAUCGCCGACCAGACGCGCAAAGAGGAGGAGUCCACGAGGGUGAAGGAGGACUGGAAGUACGUGGCGAUGGUGCUGGACCGGCUGUUCCUGUGGAUCUUCACGCUGGCCGUGCUGGUGGGCUCGGCCGGCAUCAUCCUGCAGGCGCCCACGCUGUACGACGAGCGCGCGCCCAUCGACGUGCGCCUGUCCGAGAUCGCGUACACGGCCGCCAAGCCGCGCCCGCCGCCGCCGCGCUAGCCGCACCCGCCCCGACUUACUCGAUUGUGUUUAUUGUAAAUAAAAUUCUAUUAUAACUAUAGUUUAUACGACGAAAUAACGUGAUCGAAUAUAAGUCGAAUUUCUUUUGAUAGACACGAAAUAAAUCGAUUGUUUACAA